CUUUGAAGUGCUUAACUCCUGGCUAUUGCGUAGUUACUUCAGUCGUGUUACAUCGUUUAGCAGCUGCAUCAACGGCAAUCGGUCUCGUUUUCGCCACCGGCUCGCGCUUGGCAUGAGCCGGCCAUUAGGAGAGGUUUAGCUUUCAGGAGCUGGUACACGCCUUGAAACUCUAGUAACUGGUACACCGCUACACCACCAGCGGCGCGCGACGCUUACGGCUACGACGCCUAACCCCACUUUCCGACGCCCAAAAUGGGUUCUGGUGCAUCAAAGGUGCCCGUCCUGCUUAUGAAUCCCAUCAAAGGCAGGGCACCUUUGGACGAGCCAGUGGAUCCCCUGACCUGUAUAAAGAAGAACAUCGCGCUUAAUGACCUACCAAAGGAGCUUCGUGAUGUGGAUGACUCGUUGUCACCUUUCAUCAAGAGCCGGCCAAUGCGACUUCUCAAGGUUGCUUCCGUUCUCAGCUGGCCUAACCUUCAAAUGUAUGAGAGUGUGGGCCAUGCAGAUUGUAUUGAUAAGCCUUACUCUGACGUCAGCGAGGAUGAAUGGAACCACACUGCUGUCCUUAGCUGGCGCUGGGAUAAAACCAAGGAUGAGUGCUUGGACAAAAAAUGCCCGCCUAUGUCGGAUCUGCAGUUCAGGGAGCUUUCAUCGAUGCUCCGCCAUGGCACAGAAUCAGCAGAGAUUCAGUAUGUCUGGAUUGACUGGUGCUGCAAUCCGCAGCUGGAUGACAAGGCGACCGUGCUAGAGGUCUGGCGGAGCAAGGUUUUCUAUGCAAGGGCACGCUGGAUGCUAAUCAUCCCCAAAUACCACAGGCUCAACAUGAAAGAAGGAGAUGAACACCUCCUGCAGGUACUUCUGUCCAAAUCUUUGAAGGUGCUGGAGAGCCAUGACAUGGGGCAAUCAAAUGGCUCCAGUAAACUUGCAGCAUUAGCGGUUGAGUCAAUGAUGAAGCAACAAGAUGUGGUGGCUGACAGUGGGUACUUCAGCAGGGUUUGGACAUUGGCUGAACGAAUGGCACGAUACGGGCGUGAUGAGGAGCUGCGCAACUGGCUAACCCUGGAGGCCUGGCUGGGCAUGGUGGUGGACUCCAUGGUGGAAAGUGCAGCUAACGACGAGAGGGUGUCACACAUCUACAAGGAAAUUCUUGGUGGUGCAGCUGUAAAGCUGCUUAAGGAGAUCCAAGGACUGCUCAAAGGUGUCCUGAAGCAUGCUUCCAUGCUCGUUGCUGAGGGUUUGGAGCUCAAGGUGGCUGAGCUAUUUACAAUGGCAACCGACACAUGGCAGUCAUGCAGCAUCCUCAAGGAGGGCCCUACUAAGCACUGGCUGAAGACAUACCUCGAGGAGAUGAAUAAGGGCAUCUACCAGGCUUCUUCGGGGGCGGACCAGGUGUGGGCUAUAUAUACCUACUUCUGCGUGACACAGGAAGCCGAUAAAUAUCUAGAGCUUUACGAGGCAGUAGAAAACCUGGCAUCUGUCGCAGGCAUCAACAUUAACAUUAGCAGCGGCAGGAGAACUAUUGUGGGUAUUGCACAGUAUCUGAAUGUGGGCGAAUGUGUCGACAUGGGGACAGCCCUGUCAGAGGUGGAUGGCUCAUCACAGGUCGUGGCACGACGACGGCUGCUGCCAUCCUGCUGUGGAGAUUACAGGGCAGUAUCAGUAGUAGCUCCUACAGCAGCAGAUCCUGUCUUGACGGACAGACGCCAAGCAACGCCAGCGGUGAGACCACCACAAGCAGCAGCAGCACCACCACCAGCAGCACCACCACCACCACCACCACCAGCACCAGCAGCACCACCACCACCAGCAGCAGCAGCAGCACCAGCAGCAGCAGCAGCAGCAGGGACGGCCAUUGCGGAACCGGCAGCAGGCCCUGCUGCUGCUGGUAGGCGGUUGGCACCGGGAGCUGCAGCGGGAGUUGGGCUGAGGGAUGGCGAUGUGUUGAACGGAUCUCCAGCUGCUGCUGGAAUGCGGGAACCAGCAGCAAGAGCAUGUCGCCAGGAGCCUCCCGUUCCAGGAACACCGGCGACAGCAGGUGCCCAUGCGCAAAGAACCAUUGCCAAUGAGGCCGCCAACCAUGUGCCUCCUAAGCGGGGGCCAUCUGCUGCUCAACAGCAGCGGCUGCAGCAGCGGCAGGAGGCGGGAGUAGUUGCUCAAGUGGUUGUGCCGCAAAAUCCGCCCCUCAGGGGAGUGGGGACCAAUCAAAAGUUGGAGGCACUGCCACAGCAGAGGGCGGAAGCGCCAGCAGCAGCCCGGCCCGCAAGGCAGCAGCGGUAGGUGAAUGAGGCAGCCAGCUGCUGUCGGCGGCCCGUCCCCGUCUCUUCGUGGCCUGCUGCUAGGGAUGAGCCAUCCAGGGACAUAUGUGGAAUAAUGUGCUAUGCGUGGUGAGCUGUGCGCAGGAAUUGUGCUGCUGGACUCAGGACCGCCUUACUUGUAGCCGCUACCUAUGAGGGACACAUACGCUAGUCUGUUUGCGCUGCUGGUACGUACGUGCACGUUGCUGGUCGUUGAGGACAAGGUCUGUCCAUGGCUUUUCUCUGGGCGUACUUUAGUUGCGCUUUGACUGGUCACAUGUGGCACAAUGCGAGUAAUGUCUUGGCACAGGUGUAUGCCUGCAGGUGUGUAUGCCUGCUGCUGGGAUUAGUAUCCUAGGGGGAAAUAGAAUCCAUCCAUGGCUCCUUUGCAAUGGCCUGUUUGUUAAGUGGCAUACAUGCGUUCUCCUGUAUGCAUGUCAUAAUUGAUUGGAAUCACGUUUGCGCUGAAGCGACGUACAUGACGAGAGGAGCUGUGUUUACCGUAGCUAUUUCUUGCCCAAAUUUGAAUUUACAUGGGAGAAAUGAAAUGUUUUGCUGGGGCUGAGGGGUUUUGGGGCCGUAUCGAUUUGCUGGCAAUCAAGAUGUCUGUUGGGGCAAAAAGGCGGCGGCCCAGCAUCCGCAACGCCCCAUGCCCAGACGGCAGUGUUUGGGGUGUUAGGUGCAUGUCAGUUGGGUCUAAAUUUUAGUAGUCGAAUGGGGCAGACAAUAUUUCCCUCGUGUCAAACUGGCUCCAAAACGCAUGUAAUAAAGUACCGUAUAAUACGGUAUUCCACAUACGUAAUGAAAUUCGUGCCAUAUGUUAAUUAUUGCGCCAGGUUGCCUGCCCUUAGGACUGGUGGCUGGUUGGAGCAUGUUUAUAGCAGUAGGGUGAAAUGCUUUGUUACGCUUACUUUCCACCUGCGGCUCUGGUUUUAUGGCGGAUUGGGCCUCUAAUACUUGGCCUUGCUGUCUAUCUGUCACCCUUUGCUGUUGUGAGCAGCCAUACCCCACGCACUAACCUUCCACGGGGACAUGCCUGGCGGACGUGUGGCGGAGUUAUUACGGCAUCGUAGCGAGCAGAAUCGAACUACUGGCCGGCGGUGUCACUGAAACGCACGGAUACGUUAGUCAUUCACAAUUAAACUGGCAAACUUGGUUAAAUUUACGAUCGAGUCGCACCUGUUUAGGAUGGCGAAGAACACAUUACACGGUUCGUUUAAGCCCAGCGGGGCUCUGUAUGUGCAUGCAGAAACGAUAUAGCAGCUGGCGUUAUGGCCUGCUGUCUCAUCAUUGGCAUGCGCGCGUGACUUCCUUUUUUUCGUACCGUAUGCGGCAGCUGGAGACAGAUGGCAAAGUGGGUGUGCCUUGGUGCUGCCUAGGUGCUUUGGCUACCUGCUUAUAAGGGCUAUCUACUCAUAAAAUCCUUGUAUGUCCCUACACAAGUUCGCAGAGUGUGUUUUCGGUACGGUUUGACUACUGGCGGUUCGAGCGUGGGUUUGGCGUGAUUCGUGUGGUGCAAAUUAUUGCAAACAGCUCUACGCCCUUCCUGUAUGCAUGGUUAAUGAAUUACUGUUACAGUUAUCCCAAACCAGAAGGCAAGGCAAGACGACUCCCAGCCCUACACUGCAUGCAAUUAAAUAAGGGCUGUGCCCCGAGUCGAAGGGGACCAGAUCCCAGAUUUAAUAAUAAUAAUGGGUAGGGCUGCUGUUUGCGUGAAUGGUUGGCUCUGAAAUUGUUAGUACGGGAGUGCAGCUGGAGGCCUGCAGGUCCCGUGUAUUUUGUGUGCAACACGUUGGCAGCCUGAUGGGUGUACGGCAAGGUAGGUUGGUCAUCAUGCUGGUGCUGCUGAUAAGGCGUAAAUUCUGCCUUUUUAGUGUACCUGCCAUCCAGCAGGUGUCAUCAAGCAAGGCGUGUUUCUUGCUACACUCUCAGCAGACACUACACUUACUUCCUCCUUACUACACUCCUUACUACGCUUGCUCCUUACGACAUUCUGCUGGCUGGUACAUUGUUGUGCGUCUAGGUAUGUCUUGCUGUUUACUUCAAUGGGGGUGUUGCGUGUUUUAGCUGCGACCUGUCUAAGCGUGCAUAAGCCAGCUGUUUAAGCGUAUUGAGAACUACUGCUUGCGCUGUCAUGUUCUGCUUUACGAGUGUAUGUGAAAAGUGUGCGGUGUAGCCUCACAUCUAUCUAUGUGCGCGUGUAGGCGUGAUUUCUGCCGCUAUGGGAUUUGUUUGCCGAAGGCUUGUCCUUUGUCACCGGAUUGCCCUAGUACAUCAUCCCUUAGCUUAAGGCUGGCUGGUUGGAUACCUUAGUCAGUCUCUCGUGCGAUGCAUGCUCGCUUGGACAUACCUUAGUCAGUCUCUCGUGCGAUGCAUGCUCGCUUGGAUCUAUCUAGCUGCUGUAAUUAGUAAUGCGCUUA